AUGACAGAGACACUGGCCCCGUAUGCUGUUGCAUGCUCGAGAAGCCAGCCUAGUUGUCAACGCUGCGAAGAAGAAGCUACUACUUGCUCGUAUUCACGGUCGGGCCUCAUUCGCCGAAAUAGACAAAAGCGGAAACAUGCCAGCAGUGUCUCUGAUCAGUCGACUUCUAGUGCGGUCACUGGCAGCCACGCUGGCGAAGUGGCUCCCAACAACCUGCAUUCCAGCCUGGCAACUGAUAUAGAUGCGACUCGGGAGCGCUUGCACGGUCUCGGCGCGUCGCGACAAAACUCUCUGGGAGCGCUCUCGUCGCUGGCUCAAACUUCUGCAGCCGUUUGGCAGGGUUCUGUAGAGCUGGGCAAGGCUGCUAGGACGUUUUUCUUGUUCAAAGAUCGGGCAGUCUCCUGGGUCAAUACCUUUGAGGCCGAGUUGAAACGCGAUCGUCCUUGCUGUCUCACUCCGCCUCCCGAAGUACUGGGCCACUUGCGAGCAUCUUGUCCGGAGAAGGUGAGGGAUCGAGCUUGGCUGGUCAUGUACUAUGGUAUCAUCCUCAAUCUCGUCUCCGAAACCGACCCCGUGGACGAAUCCACAAAAUCAAAGCUUCGAUCAAAUCUCAUGCUCGCCCUCAACGAUGCCAGACUCCACCUCGAGCCCAGCGAGGUGAACAUCCAGGCAUUGCUUCUGCUCGCUCUUGAUGUUGAAGAGUUCACCACUCCAACACUUUGUUGGAUGAUGGUUACAAACGCAUGCAGGAUGCUGCAGGCGUUGGGUGUGAACCACCGCCGAUUCGACUCUCCCACCCGAGACCGGCGCGUCAUGAUGUUUUGGCAUCUGUAUCUGGUGGAUAUUGGACUGGCUCUCAUCUUUGGCAGAUCUCCUGCCUUCCACCGCGGAAUGCCGAUGGGGAUACCCGUCCCAACGGUAAAGCGGAUCUUUUCGUCUCAGCAAGAUACUGACCCGUCUGACACACCAGCGUUGUUCGGAGUGCAUUACAUCAACCGAAUGUUCCUUCUGUCACUCAUAAUGGGUGAUAUCUGGUAUUAUCUUCAUGAAGAUCCGAUGCCUGAUUACACGAACAUCGAAUCAACCAGCGAGAGUCUUGAGUCCUGGUAUCUCAGCACAAUACAGAUUCUCGAAGCUGCUUCUCUCACAGAGAAACCACUUCUCGCCGCCAAAGAUGCUGCUGCCAUUGACCUGGCUCUGAGAAACGUCAGUUUCCAGUACGAGUACCUCUAUAUCCUCCUCGCUCGAUCUUCACCCCGGAUGAGAGUCCAGUGUACUGAGUCGUCGAAACGGAUGCUUUGUCUGCUCGAGAAGAUGGGGUCGGACGAGUCCCAAGGUUCAGCUAACAGCAUGGUAUGGCAUCUUUUGUGUGCACCCUUUACGCCGUUCUUGGACCUUUUCGGCGAACUUAUUUCGAAUGGCGCGGGCGGAUCAGACGACAACCGGGCAGCACUGGCAGCCAUGGAGCACCUCCCUGUCUUCUUGGGGAAGAUGAGCUCGAGGAACUCGCUUGCCGCCAAGCUCAAGAGUGUCGCUGAGGUUUUGGUGCAGCAUGCCCAAUUGGUGGUUAACCCUCAAGUGAUUCCUCCUUUUCUAGCAGAACCAGUGUCCGAUCACUGGCCAAACGCUCUGAGUUGGGAUUCAUUCUUCAACUACAACAUGCAUUCCUCUGAUCUUAACUACAAUCCCCAGACAGAGAACGUUGGUGCUGAGCCGACCGAUUUGACAGCAUGGACGAAUGACUUCUUCGACAACGCUUUUGUAGACUGGACGGGGUGGAAACCUCGAGUCUGA